ACCACCUCUUUAACUCCUCCGUUCUGCCCUCCAUCACUCCUUUUUGCCUCUCUCUCUCUCUCUCGUUUCCCUUUUCUUUUUUUUUUUCCAUUUUUGAACCCGUUGGCUGUUAACACUUUCAUACUUCGCUCAGUAUUAAAGCCCCACAACUUCCCAGAAAUCCCCCACAAAGGCCCCAACUUCACCCUCUCUUUAUCUCUUUUUUUUCCCCACUGUGUAUUAUUAGUUUUUUUACUGGCCUGCUUUUUGUAGUCAAUAGUCUUUCUGUUCAUUACUAGUUAGUGUACUAAGUUUUUGCCAGCCAAUUUUAGGUAAGUGAAGUAACAGAAAAUGCCUAGUUCAGGUUCAUUUUUGAGGCAGUUGAGUGGAAAAGAAGGUUGGAAAUCUACAUCCCGGAGGUGGGAAGGGAACAAUAAGUAUAACAACGUUGGUGAGAACAUUUCUGAUGGGUUUGAGGCAAGUUUAGCUCAAAUGGAAGGGCUUAACGUAUAUGGCAAUGGUGUUGAUAAUGGCUUGGUGAUAAGGAAGAGAGUGAUGGUUGUGGUGGACCAAAGCUCACAUUCUAAGCAUGCAAUGAUGUGGGCACUUACUCAUGUAGCUAACAAGGGUGAUCUGCUUACUUUACUUAAUGUUGUUUCUCCAAGCCAAAAGAGUUCAGAGUUGUCUUCUUCUUCUUCUUCUUCUUCUUCUUCUUCUUCUUAUCUUGCUAACUCUCUUGGGUCACUUUGCAAGGCUUGUAAACCUGAGGUAGAAGUGGAAGCACUGGUCAUCCAAGGGCCCAAGCUGGCGACAGUGAUGAGCCAAGUGAAAAAGCUAGAGGUUUCAGUGUUGGUACUGGGUCAGAAAAGGCCCUCUCCAUUCUUAAACUGCCUAUGCGGGAGCAGCGGCACUGAUGAGUUUGUCGAGCAAUGUAUCAACAGUGCAGAUUGCUUAACCAUAGGGGUCAAGAAGCAGAGCAAAGGCGUCGGUGGCUACCUCAUCAGCACGAGACGGCAGAAGAACUUCUGGCUCUUGGCUUAGUUCUAGUUAUUAUUAACUACAUUAUAUAUGAUCCUUAUGGUUAGACUAUGAUGCCUGAUAGCACAUCAAAAGAUAAAUCACUGUAAUAAUAUUU